AUGACGACGUACUCGACCGACCCGGCCCUCUACAUCUUCACCUCCCUCACCGCCGGCUCCUCGCACAUCGUCACCGCCACCUCGCGCCUCGAGACCAUCCUCCGCGCCAACCGCGUCCCCUUCAAGGCCGUCGACAUUGCCACCGAUGAAAAGGCGCGCAUGCUCUGGGGCCGCCGUGCCGGCAAGGACGAGGGCGGUCGCCUGAGGAAGCUGCCCGGCCUGGUGCAGGAGGGUUUCGUCCUGGGCGACCUCGUCGAGAUUGAAGACUGGAACGAAUAUGGCGAGCUCAAGCAGCACGUCAAGAUCUACUACGACGAACACACCAUCCCCUCCAUCAACGACAAGCCCCCCGAGCCGCCCAAGCUGAAACAGCCCGUGAAACCCGCACCCGCGGCUGCCUCCGCCGCGUCGACGGCCAGCACAAAGGCGGCGACAACACCUUCGCCGCCACCCGCGCCGCCGGCUCCGACAGCCGAGCAGAAAGCCGCCGCCGUGGCCGCCAGCGCCGCCGCCGCCGAGGCGAAGAAGACGGACGGCGUCAAGGGGGCCACCACCUCCGCCGCAGCGACAGCCGCGGCGACCACCAUCCUCCCCAUGCGCAGCGUCGCAGACGAGGCAGCGCAGAAGGCUAAGGAGCUUCGCCUGCGGACUCUGCGCGAAAAGGUCCACGGCAAGAAGGCCGCCGACGCCAGGCCUACCACGCCCACAAACCUGACCACCUUGUCGUCCUCUGGAGACAACAAAGCCGCUACGAGCGUCGCCGCGGGCGCCGCGGGCCUGCAGUCCCCCACCAGCGGCGCCUGGAAAGACCUCUCGCUGCGCGGUUCCGCAGCCGACAGUGACGUGGAGUUCUUGAGGGAGACGGUGCAGAGCCCCACGACUGGGCGGUGGAGGCGCGGGUCUGGGUCUGACGGCGUGGACGCCUUGGGUGCUCGCCUGGCGGAGGCGUCCCCAGAGGAGAUUAGGAAGAUUGAGGCCGAGGCGGCGAUCAAGGAGGAGCCGGAGCUGGAAGACGAGGAUGACGAUGAUGACGACGAAGAUGAGGAUGACGAGGAGGAAGAGGACGCGGAGAAGGCCAAGCCCAAGGAGGCAGCGAAGCCUAAGGAGGAAGCGAAGCCUAAGGAGGAGGUAAAGCCCAAACAGGAGUCCGCGACAAAGGACAAACCUGAGGCCAAGCCAGCCGCAAACAAGGAAGAGUCAGAAGAUGAUGACGACGAUGACGAUGAAGACGAAGAGUCGUCCGAUGAGGAGCCCAAGAAGGAGCAAGGGGCCAAAAAGGCGGCGCCGGCGACCAAGUAG